CGGCAUUGCAGUUUAAAAAAUUACAAAAUCCGCAUAUCUAGUAUGAAAAAUAGGUCACUACUGUUUGCACCGCGAACAUCCCUAACAUUUAAUAAGGGAUAGACACCUGCAUUGCACGAAAGAUUUCGAAACAACUUGCCAUUUGAAUUUGAAGGAGAAGCAGAGUUAGGUUCCUUUGGGUGUAUUUGUAACAAUCCUAAAACCCUCUCCAAAUCCGAAAUCAGUUACAGCACUUUGCAAUCUGACAGUCGCCCCCUGAUUAGGUUUCGACGAAGAACUCGGAGGCAGGAAGACAACAAUGGCUCGAAAUGAAGAGAAGGCUCAGUCUAUGCUCAAUCGUUUCGUCACCUUGAAAGCUGAAGAAAACAAGAAGCCCAAGGAGCGUCGUCCGUUCUUGGCAUCAGAAUGCCGAGACUUAGCCGAUGCCGACAAGUGGCGCCAGCAGAUCAUGCGAGAGAUUGGUCGCAAGGUUGCCGAGAUUCAGAACGAGGGACUCGGCGAGCAUCGCCUACGGGACCUCAAUGACGAGAUUAACAAGCUUAUCCGGGAGAAAUCUCACUGGGAACGCCGUAUCGUGGAGCUCGGUGGCCCCAAUUACGCUAAGAACUCGGCCAAGAUGACUGACCUAGACGGCAAUAUUGUUGACGUUCCAAACCCUAGCGGCCGUGGCCCUGGAUACCGGUAUUUUGGCGCGGCAAAGAAGUUACCGGGGGUUCGGGAGCUUUUCGAGAAGCCGCCGGAGCUUAGGAAGCGGCGGACGAGGUACGACAUUUACAAGAGAAUCGAUGCGAGCUAUUAUGGAUACAGGGACGAUGAGGAUGGGGUUCUGGGGAGAGUGGAGGCGCCUGCGGAGGAUAAAAUGAGGGCUGGGGCGGUGGCGGACUGGCGGAGGAUGGAGGAGAUAAGGAAAGAGGCAAAGAGGUCAGUAAAGAGCGGCGAAGUGGCUAUGGUGGCGAAGGAGGUGUUGUUUGAGGAGGAGGAGGAUGUGGUGGAGGAAGAGAGGAGAAGCGAGAGAGAGAGGGAAUUGAGGGAGAGCACUGAGAAGGAAAAGGAGUUUAUAGUACAUGUGCCUUUGCCUGAUGACAGAGAGAUUGAGAGAAUGGUGGUGGAGAAGAAGAAGUUGGAGCUAUUGAGCAAGUAUGCUAGUGAGGGACUUUUGGAGGAGCAGACCGAGGCCAAACAGAUGCUCAAUAUACAGCGUUAGGUUGCUUGGGACCCUAUACUACUUCAUGCAAAGAUGAGCAGAGCAGUAAAAUCUAUGGACCCAUUAGUCUCUCCACAAACUAGGAAUUGUUUAAAAGGGCUGAAUUGCUGGAUGGAUUGUCAAGAAAAGGGUUGCAUAGUUCUAGUGAUCAUUCACUUUCUUUAGGUUUUUGCAUCCAGUGUCAUAGAUUUCUUGAUACAAACGGUGCUUCAGUAUGCUGGUAGUCAUUUUGUUAGGAAUUUUACAUCUGUAGCUAAACUCAUAGUUUGGUAGUUGAAAUUCAUGUUAACUAAUUUCUCCUAAUUUUGUGCUAAUAUGAAGAGAGAAAUCAUUUUUUGUGUUAGUUCUUCCUUGAUAAGGGUAUCUACUGUUUUCAAGUUACAUUAGAAGAAAGAGUAGUUUGUAAGUAUAAUGAAAUUGUAAGCAUAUGUAUGUGUUUGUAGCAUGAAUUUAAACCGUAUGUGGUUCAACAAUCAAAUCAUAUCUGAUACUAUCUAUUCCGAUUUACUUUUCAUUCAUCA